AUGACAGGUGGAGACUCACAUUUGAUUAAAAGUGAACACAAUCGAAAUAGAUUCUGGAGCUACAGAAUGCCCAAUUACACACUCUCUACCGGGAGCAAAUAUAGAGACCGUUCAUUGAGUGUUUCUUCAAAACAAUUGAAGAGAAUCAAAAGAGAAGUAAAACAAUUGCAAAUUGAGGGAAAGCAAUUACCAACAAACGUUUUACCUGCCAAAUUUCCUGAUUUUAUUACCUUCUCUGAUGAAAAUUUGUCCAAUAAUGAUUUGAAAAUUCCAACAAAACGAUUAGAGGUAUAUAACAAGUCAUUAUCAAUGAUCAUAUUUGUUAUUUUGAACAUUCAUGUUGAUGGUUUUGAGUCCAAUGUUGGAAGGCUGGUAACAAAAGAUAGACCAGUUAGUUUUCAAUUAAAUUUACCCUCAAAAGAAAACUUAGAUGAAAUGGUGAAGAGAACUCAAAUUAUCACAGAAAGAUAUAUCCAUGAUAUGUUGUUUCAAGAUUUAGCAGAAUUUCAAAAACACAACGAGUUGAAUGAAUAUAUCCACAUCUUUAUUUCAAAAUUAUACCAAAACAAUGUUUUUUCAUUAAAAGAUGAUUUAAUUAAACAAGAAACACCUUCUCCAUCAGAUGAUAAUAUGGCAAAAGAUUCUGAGAGUGAAGAACGUGGUGAAAAAGAAGGUGAUGAUAAUGAAUCUUUAAUUGUCAAAUCCAGAGGCGGUAAAGAAUGUGAUGAUAAUGAUGAAUCUUCUUCAAAUAUUGACAAUUUAAAGUAUAAAGGUGGAAAUUCUCCUUCAAAUAAUGCUGAUUCAAAAUCAUUAUUUAGACCAAUAUCAAGAACUGGAGAAUCCAAAUCAUCAUUAGGUAGUUCUGUUGAAUUUAGCUCAAAGAAAUCCAAAGACAGAACUUGGGCUAAAUUUAAAAAUUCAUCAGCAACCACAAAAGGUAUCACAAAGAGUCUUUGGCGCUCACUUAGGUGGCAACGCAGCCCUUUAAAGAGGGAAGAAAAUGUCCAAGAGACUGAUGAUCUAUUUACCCAGUACUAUAAAUCCAAUGAUAAAACUGAAGAAAAUUCUGCUGCAAUUUCACUGGCCGGUACAGAAAUUUUAACCAUUGGUUCUUGGGCACAACCGCUUACCAGCCUUAUCUCUAAACAAUCUGUUAGAUCAAUAAAUGAAGAGUCUGUACCUGCAGAAAUCAUUAUUAAUAAAACUAAUGUUCCAACUGAUUCUGAAAUUAAUGAUAAUCAAAAGACAACGUCACAACGUUCAAGAAGAGAUUCAAUAAGCAACACCAUUAAAGACAAAAGCAAGAGCUUAAAAGCUAAAGCGUCCAAUCCUUUCAAAUCUUUUUCCAAGAAUAAAUGA